CUCUUUUAGUUUGUUUUCUCAGAAUAUAGAGAGUGUGUUGUGAGAGGGAGAGAGAGAGCAAAAGGAGAAGAGAAUGGCAGCCUCGCUACAAGCAGCAGCCACACUGAUGCAACCCGCCAAGGUGGGUUUGCCUUCAACCUCAUGGAGGAGCAGCCUACAGCUGAGGUCAGCUCAGAGUGUUUCCAAGUCCUUCGGCGUGGAGCCAGCUGCAGCCAGGCUCACUUGCUCCUUGCAAGCUGAUGUUAAGGACUUGGCUCAGAAAUGUGUCGACGCUACCAAGAUCGCCGGCUUUGCACUUGCUACUUCCGCCCUCGUCGUCUCGGGAGCUAGUGCUGAAGGAGUUCCAAAGAGGCUAACCUAUGAUGAAAUUCAGAGCAAGACAUACAUGGAGGUCAAGGGAUCCGGAACAGCCAACCAGUGCCCAACCAUUGACGGCGGGGUGGAAAAAUUCGCCUUCAAGCCCGGCAAGUACAAUGCCAAGAAGCUCUGCCUAGAGCCCACUUCUUUCACCGUCAAAGCCGAGAGUGUGAACAAGAAUUCCCCACCGGAGUUCCAAAACACCAAGCUCAUGACCCGCUUAACCUACACCCUGGACGAAAUUGAGGGACCCUUUGAAGUGUCACCCGAUGGCGCCAUCAAGUUCGUUGAAAAAGAUGGCAUUGACUACGCUGCCGUGACAGUCCAGCUGCCCGGCGGCGAGCGUGUGCCAUUCCUUUUCACAAUCAAACAGCUGGUGGCAUCAGGCAAGCCCGACAGUUUUGGAGGAGAGUUCCUGGUGCCAUCCUACCGUGGCUCGUCUUUCUUGGACCCAAAGGGCAGGGGUGGCUCGACCGGUUAUGACAAUGCAGUAGCAUUGCCAGCUGGAGGCAGAGGAGACGAGGAGGAGCUGGCUAAGGAGAAUGUAAAAAAUGUUUCAUCUUCAACAGGGAAAAUCACCCUCAGUGUCACCAAGACCAAGCCCGAGACAGGGGAGGUGAUUGGAGUGUUCGAGAGCAUCCAGCCAUCUGACACAGAUUUGGGUGCCAAGACCCCAAAGGAGGUGAAGAUCCAGGGAGUCUGGUAUGCUCAGCUCGACUCAUAGGCCCCUCUGUUUUUUUUUUCCCCCAACAUUUUCUGUAUUCAGAUUUUGGCUCUAAGUGUAAGGUGUUGCUAAACAAUUCCCUGUGACCAAUUGCAGAUUAUUAUCCUGUUUGUAUAUUAAUUAUCCUACUUCAAUAA